ACAAACUAAUCUCAGUUCUAGCUUCACUUCCUUAUGACCCACGCGUUGUAAUGAUAUUGUGAAUAGUUUCUUGCGAGAUCAACGUUCUAGGCCAGUGUAUCGGGAACUUCACGAUGGAUCUUACACUACCGGAAUCAGGAUGGACGUUUCGUCUGAUGGCGUUAGGUGCAAUCACUACCUUCGGUGCAUCCAUUCCAGUUGGAUAUAAUAUAGGCGUUAUAAAUGCACCAUCCGAGUACAUUAAACGCUGGAGCAAUGAGACAAUUUUUCACAUCUACGACCAACAGCUCUCGGAUGGUACACUGCGUGCGUUCAUUGCAGCGGUCAUUUCGGUAGCAUUGAUUGGAGGUGUGAUUGGAUCAUUGCAAGGUGCCUAUCUAGCGGAUAAAUAUGGAAGAAAAAAAUCAUUCCUGUGCUGUGCGAUACUACUAACGGCUGGUGCAUUAUGCUUUCUGCUUUGUCGAGCCGCUUCAUCGGUGGAGCUGUUGCUUCUGGGAAGACUUCUCGUCGGAUUGGCAUCAGGAUUGACUACCGGUGUUAUUCCAAUGUAUCUGGCUGAAGUAUCCCCGAUCAAACUACGCGGCGCUAUGGGCGUGUUGUGUCCAUUGGGCCUAACGACAGGCGUAGUUAUUGGACAGGUGAUGAGCCUGGAACAAGUGCUCGGUACCGAGGAACAUUGGCACUAUGCGCUGGGUUGUUACGCGGUGUUGAAUCUAUUUUGCUACGCAUUUUACUUUUGGGUCCCAGAAAGUCCAAAGUAUCUGUACAGUGUGAAAGGUGAUCAAGCGGGAUCUUUGCGCGCUAUCAGAAAACUGUUCGGCCGCCAUUCGAUUGGUGAUGAUUACAUCAAACUGCAGAUGGAGUGUGCUAAUGGGCAGAGCGGAACCUCCACUAACGGUCAAUCAUUCGAUGAUGGUCAACCACAAGCUACCCGAUCCAUUUGUUCCGUUUUGAGAGAUCCAACGCUAACGCUACCGUUAGUGCUCGUCUGUGCACUUCAAGGUGGACAACAACUUUCAGGAAUUAAUGCCGUUUUUUUCUACUCCGUAUCAAUUUUUGAAUCGGUUGGAUUAAGCUCUAAUGCUGCGAAGUUCGCCAAUCUCGGUGUAGGAUGUUUGAAUCUUUUCGUGUCUUUAUUUGGACCGAUGCUAAUGGCAAGAUACAAUAGACGCGGUUUAUGCCUACUCUCUUGUUCUUCCUGUGCGAUCAUUCUCUUCAUUCUCACUCUAUCGAUACAUUUCAAAGAUCUGGUCGAAUGGUUUUCGCAUAUCUGUAUUGGAACCAUUUUACUCUACAUCAUUUUCUACCAAUUUGGUUUGGGUCCUAUACCUUUCUUCAUUGGAUCAGAACUCUUCGAUCUUGGACCUCGACCUACGGCUAUGGCACUAGGCAGUCUUUCUUCGUGGGGGUGUAAUUUCAUUGUUGGCAUGGCAUUUCCAACCCUGCAAAGUGUGUGGGGUGCCUUCGUAUUUUUACCAUUUUCCAUAACUUGUGUGUUAUUGACGGUUUUAAUUAAAUUUUAUCUACCCGAAACGAGGGGAAAGGAUGUAACGGAAGUUGCACAAAAGGUGGCACAAGGAUUUCGUUCCAAAGUAAAAGAAUAAUACUAGUUACAAGAAACUGGCAUAUUUUGUAGGUUUAAGCUGAUUUGAAUUUACUUUCCUACUUCAUUUUUCAAUUUCGAUAACGAUUGUAAACGUAAACAACCGAUCCAACAAAUCAAAUAGUUUAAAUGUAGCUUAUCUAAACAUACAACAAACAAAUAUACAAAAAGAUGCAAUAAAAUAUUAAAUAGUAUAAGUUAAAAGCGAUAUAAUAAAUUCCUCUCGUUUUCA